GCGCGGGGUGGGGGACGCUUCUCGGGCAGCCUGGGUGGGGGCUGCAAAACAGCUGGUUUGGGUGAAAGGCUUGCGCGGAGCGGAGGUGUAAGUAAACGAAAGUGAAAGUACGCUUUGGGUUCGUAUAAUUUUAGAGAUGUUAGUGGGCGUUCUUUAGCAUAGAGCUCGAUAAGAACGUUGCAGAGCUACCGGCUGUUUAUCCGUCUGUCGGAGGAAGCCGAUAGUGGUAUUCUGCAAUUCCUGUAGAAAGACUGUGCAGGAAACAAAAUUGUGGUGUAAACUCCUCCACUCAGUUGGUCCAGGACAGAAACAGCCACAGCGACAGUCCGGCUGCAAGCAAGCACAGAGCAGCCGGCGUCUGAGCAGGGAGAGCAGGAAGGCUGUACAGCAUCCAGCAGUACUGCCAGUGGCCUUUGGGUGGUUUUUUGUGCAUGAUACAGCCCUUGCACCUUUCACCCAGCUCCAAGGGCCUCCUCGUGAGCAUCUCCCCAAAAUGAAUCGCUGCUCUGACCGUGCAGUGUCAGUCCUGAGGCUUUGUCUGCUGUGCGCUUCGCUUCUGCCUUCGCUGAUCGCUAUAACCAUGGAGAACCUGCCUAAUGCCAACAGCAGAUUUGCACUUGAUCUGCUCAGAAGGUUUAGUGAGGCCAACCCAACAGGAAAUGUUUUCUUCUCUCCUGUCAGUGUCUCUGCUGCUCUGGCCAUGGUGCUUUUGGGGGCCAAAGGUAACACAGAGGCCCAGGUGCUGAAGACACUUCAUUUUGACAAAGUUGAAGACAUUCAUUCAAAAUUUCAGACUCUGACAAUGGAUAUAAACAGAAGCAAUGCUCCCUAUCUCUUACGGCUUGCCAGUCGGCUUUUUGGAGAAAAGUCCUACAGCUUUUUGCCGGAUUUCCUGACUAAUACACGGAAAUUAUAUGGAGCUGAUUUGGCUACAGUUGACUUUCUUCAGGCUUCCAAUGAAGCCAGGAAAGAAAUUAACCAGUGGGUUGAGGAGAAAACUGAAGGUAAAAUCCCUGAUCUGCUGUCUGAAGGCUCAGUUGAUAACUCGACCAAGCUUGUGCUGGUGAAUGCUAUUUAUUUCAAAGGGAACUGGGCAGAGAAAUUUAAAGAAGCUGACACCACUGACAUGCCUUUUCGGUUAAGUAAGAAUGAAAGAAAGACAGUGAAAAUGAUGUAUCAAAAAAAUAAAUUUAAUUUUGGGUACAUUCCUGAAGAGAAGAUCCGUGUUUUAGAGCUGCCUUACGAUGGAAGAGAACUUAGUAUGAUCAUCCUGUUACCUGAUAACAUUGAGGAUGACUCUACUGGACUGCAGAAGCUGGAAAAGCAGCUUACCUUAGAGAAGCUCCAGGAAUGGACACGUCCAGAACAUCUCUAUUCCACCGAUGUUAAUGUGCAUUUGCCGAAGUUUAAGCUGGAAGAAAGCUAUGAUCUUAAGUCAGAUUUAGCUGCUAUGGGCUUGUUGGAUGUAUUUGACAGUGGUAAGGCUGACUUGUCGGGAAUGUCAGGGGCACGUGACCUCUUUCUCUCCAAAGUUGUCCACAAGGCUUUUGUAGAAGUGAAUGAGGAAGGCACAGAAGCUGCAGCUGCCACUGCUGGCAUUGCCAUGCUCUGCAUGAUUAUGGAAGAGGAUUUCAAUGCUGACCAUCCUUUCCUUUUCUUUAUUCGCCACAACCCAACACAAACCAUACUUUUCUUUGGCAGAUAUGCUUCUCCAUAAAAGAGAACUUAGCACUUACAGAGUAGCUCCUGCUGUUGUUAAUGCAAACUUUGUUCCUGAAUGAGUUGGAUUUUGACGUAGGAAGUUAAUGCUCCUGUCUAGAGUUCCUAGCAACUUUAACUGGGAUUCUGUCUUUCCCAUUAAAACAAUUCCAGAGAAAUGUAGGAGUGUAAUUUAUUUAUCUCGAGAUUGACAUAAUCUUUAAUGAAAUGAGAAAAAUCUUGACAGUAGAGAGGGGAAAUCUUUUGAAAUUGAAGUAGAAACAGAAAUACUCUUGGAAGAAAUGUGUGUCUCCUAAAGUGCAGGAAAACUCUGUGUGCAUCCUCACAUGGGUUUUUCUGUGUCAACAGCCCCCUGUUCUAAUAACCAGUCACUCCUUAAUAAUCCAUUCACUCCUUAUACACAUAUACUAGGAUGUUCUUGCAAAGCUAUUCCUCCCCUAAAGUUUUGCUUUAUGAAGGUAGUGUAAUAAAAUACUUCUAGGCACCAAAAGUCAUAUUGUGAACAGCUGAGUUUACCCAGUUCUGUCGCAAAAUAGAAGGUCAGAUAACAUUUGUUUAUGGUCAUCUAUUAAUAGAAAAAGGAUUAAGCUAUUUAAACAAAAGUAACCCCUUCCAGUCAUUAGCCAGAAAACUUGCAACAGAGCUUUUGAAUGAGGAGGAUUUUAAAAAUUUACAGGCUGGUGCCAUUUUAGUUAUUGAAAACGUGAAAAUGUGCCAGGGAUCAGAUGUUUGAGGUGCCUUUUUCCAAGUUCAGAAGCUGUCAAUAUGAUGUUAGAUUCUGGCCAGAAUCUAUAUCAUCCUCAAAAGAUACUUUACCUCCCCAGAGGAUAACUGGGUAUAAUCUGCAAGAAAUAUCUGAUGUAUGUCUUUAUGUACAAGGAUUCUACGUUUACUGACUUCCGCUACCUCUUUAUACACAAGCCUCUUGUACUGUACCAGCCUUGUGCCUGUGAGCCAAUAUAAUUAUAUACUGUAGUGUUCUGUGUUUAUUUCUGGAGCUUAUUUGCUUGUAUCAUGUUUAUCUUGGGUACUGUAACGUUUACUUGUACAACCUCAGCUCUGAGUAGGGCACAAUAAUUUCUGUAACUUCAAACUGUAUAUUAAUUUUUUCUUCAAGCAACAAAUAAAAGUAAUUCCCUUAAACUUGUGUUCGAAA